AUGGUCGACCCAAAGAUCGAAGACCGCGCCGUGAAAUUAUCCCGUGAAGCUGUUGAGUUGAUCGAUGCUGGUCACAAAGAGGCCGCAUCGAGAAAUCUACGUGAAGCCCUUUCCCUUGCACCAGAGAACCAUGAAGUAAAAGCAGCUUUUCUCAAAAUUCGCGGGGAGGAGGAGAGCGGCCAUCCCCUUUUGGACCUAUGCCGACAAUAUGUCACUGGGAAGAAUGAGAAUGCCGGGAAAGAUGCUGCACGCUAUUUGCAUGCAGACGGGACACAUCUCCAGGGAGACGUUUCUCUAGAGUGUCUAAAUCUCAUCCUGGCCAAGGAUGCGGGCUCUCUUUCUGCCACUCAAGACGACAUUAUUUCCGGCUUGGUUCGACAGACUGUCAGCGUUCGUCGAUUCUUCUCCUCGCGACUGCAGGUCUCAGUGACGACUUUCUUCGACGAAAUCUAUGAUCGGGGUGAUAAUGCUGUGGUAUGCUUGGAUACGGUGGUUCUUGAUCCGACCUUGUGGCCAUCGGAAAAUGUCCGCUCGCACUGCGAAAGUGAGCUGUUUCAACUGUUCAUUGCGAAAUUGAUGGAGUCCGGUCACGAUCAGGAUGGCCGGUCAUUGAAGGGAAUUACUAGGCUGCUGGCCGUUGACGCGGAGAAGUUGCAACACCUGAUUGACGAUGAAGGCUUCGACGUCAUUCUAUCAUCGCUAGAUUACAGACUGCCCCUUGAUGUUAGAGGCCAAGCUACUGUGGCAACCGCGAAAUAUCUCGAAGUAUCCAAAGAAGUCGGACAAAAACGCUUCUCUGAUCUGAUCACCGCAAAAGUUGCCAAAGCGCGGAACGAAGAUUUGAUUGUCGCAUUUUCUGCGGCAGCCGCUGUGUUCCCGGUUGUUCCAGCACUCACCUCGUCUUUAUUCCUGACCGAGGGUUUCCUACCGUCCAUCGUACCACUUCUUCACCGCGAAGCAAAGUCACCAAAAGUUGAAUUGGCUCUGCUAGAGCUGUUCAACGCUGCAUGUAUGGACAAACUGUGUCGUGAAGCAAUAAGCAAGAACUGCGGUGAAUGGCUUUCUCAUAUCCUUUCCAACGGCAGUGAUGCAAGCUCAGAGUUGGCUGCUGUAGUGCUGGCGAAAGUCAGAACGUCCGAAAAGCAAGGAAGUUCCGGAUCGGCCGACAAGAUCCAAGAUGAAACCGACCACAGUGUUCAAGACCUAGUCAAUCGCUUCAAAGGGCAAAUGUCGGAUCACAAAGUCACCAACGUUCACAAUCCUAUAGAGGGUUUGGCAUUUUCGUCAGUAAAACCUGAUGUCAAAGAGCAGCUGGCGUACGAUCCCGUGUUUCUGAAAGGCCUCUUUGACGUUCUUGGCGAGAACUUGGAGGAUACAACUCUACUCUAUGGAGGACUCAUGAUUAUUGCCAACAUCACGCGCUACCUGCCCAGUCUAUCAGACGAACAAAAGAAGAUCUCGGAGUUGAAAGCGUACGCUGAAGCUAAUAAGGCCCCCUCUACACCCAACGAGCUCGAUGAUGAUCAACAUGUGACGAAACGCUGCACAGCACUCAUCGACGCCAAUAUUAUGCCACUCCUUGCAGACUGCGGAAAGUCAAGCCUGAAAUCGAUCCAUGAUCUCACAAGCAAGAUCCUCCUAUCCUUGUCGAAGAACUCCAAAACCAGAGGCAAGCUAGCCCAGCAAGGUGCAGUCAAGCUUCUGCUUUCCAUCUUAGGUCCCAAGACCGGUAGCCCUGUUCCCACAUUCAACGAAACCACACACAAUGCAUCACUUGCGCUGGCUCGCAUCUUGAUAUCCGUCAACCCGUCCCAUGUCUUCCCUCAUUCAGGCUUUCCGCAAAUUACAUCCGCCAUUAGGCCUCUGGUUGCACUUCUCAAGCCAGCAGAGAUUUCGUUUACCGCAGAUCAGCCACGAAACCUCCUUCCCGUAUUUGAGUCUCUGUUGGCUCUGACCAAUUUGGCUUCUUCUCCGGACAGCACGGCAUCCGAGACCAUUGUGCGCCAAGCAUGGGAUACAUUGGAAGAUCUGCUACUGUCCAACAAUACUUUCAUUCAGCGUGCGGCAUGUGAGCUCAUUUGCAAUCUUAUGACGUGCGAAGCCGGUAUUGUCAAGUUUGCAGAUGGGUCAAAACGUGCGGCUCAGCGGCUACACGUGCUUCUUGCUUUGACAGACGUUGAAGAUGUUGCGACACGGCGGGCGGCCGGAGGAGCUUUGGCAAUGCUUACAGAAUAUGACGCUGCAAUUUCUGCCGUGCUGGAGCGACCACGGGGUGUAAAUCUUCUGCUUGGUCUAUGUCAGGAGAACAACGAUGACCUCGUUCACCGAGGAAUCGUGUCCGUUCGCAACCUGACGUGCAUUCCAUCUGGUGACAUCGGCAAGCGUGCUUUGGAUGCUGUCAAGCAAGGAAACGGUGUCGACAUUCUCAAGGGCUGUCUCCAGCGUUCUUCUAAUCCAGCGAUUCUACAGGCCGGAGUAGAAGCUUUGAAGCCGCUAGUUGAGCAUAGCCAGGCUUAG